GACCAACAUUGGCUCGAUUUUCAUACUUUUGCUGAGUUGCAGUUUGCAACUCGUAGUUGGCAAUUAGCAGUUCGAAAUUCGAAAUUUGCUAGCAUUUGCAUGAGCCACAAUCAGUUGGGAAUAAAUAUUUCGGUAUUUCAUUUAGCCGAGUGCAGCGAUGCGACUCGCUGAUGGUUCGAUACUUUAUUUUGGUCUUGCCGGCCUUUUGGUCCUGGGCCAGCGAUUCAGCGAUUCAGGCCAGGCCUACAUGGAGCAGUUCGCACAGUUUAAGGAAGCCAACAACAGGAACUACAUACGCGCGCAUGACGAGCUGCGCAGCUACAAAGCCUACGAGGAGAAUCACCAGAUCGUGGACGCACACAACAAGGAUUACGACUCGGGGAGGAGCAGCUUUCGCCUGGCAGUGAAUACCCUAGCGGACAUGAGCACCGAAUCGUACCUAAAGGGCUUCUUACGCCUGCUACGGAGUACUCCGAUAUCGGCAUCCGAUAACAUGGCCGAUAUGGUCGGAGCAACGCUGAUGGACAAUGUGCCAGACAGUUUGGAUUGGCGUAAAAAGGGAUUCGCGACUCCGUCGUACAAUCAACAGAGCUGCGGCUCGUGCUACGCCUUCAGCAUUGCCCAGAGCAUAGAGGGCCAAGUCUUCAAGCGCACCGGCAAAAUCCUCUCUCUGAGUGAGCAGCAAAUUGUGGACUGCAGCAUAUCACACGGCAACCAGGGCUGUACGGGCGGCUCAUUACGAAACACUCUCCGCUAUCUACAGGCUACCGGGGGUCUCAUGCGAUCCAUCGACUACAAGUAUGCCUCAAAGAAAGGAGCUUGCCAGUUCGUGAGCGAGUUGGCCGUGGUCAACGUUACCUCGUGGGCCAUUUUGCCGGCCAAUGACGAGAAUGCGAUUCAGGCAGCUGUGGCGCAUAUUGGCCCAGUAGCAGUUUCUAUCAAUGCGACGCCGAAAACUUUUCAACUAUAUAGCGACGGAAUAUACGAUGAUGUCACAUGCAGUUCGACUUCGGUUAAUCAUGCUAUGCUGCUAAUUGGAUAUGACAAAGACUACUGGAUUCUCAAGAAUUGGUGGGGCGAGAAGUGGGGUGAAUCGGGCUACAUGAGAAUCCGUAAAGGCAUUAACUUGUGUGGGAUUGCCAAUUAUGCAGCUUAUGCAAUAGUUUAAGCCACGUGCUACUCCUACAGGUAUCUCUCCCACUCUCAUUCUCAAUCUCCCUCGCCAACCCUCUCUCUCACUCCGAUGCCAUAUACAUCAUGUCAUUCAAGCAAGUUAAUGAAUAAAAUCAAAUUAACACAUAAACAUUACAUACAUAC